GACAGGGGAGCAUGUCAGGUGCAAGAAGUGAUAUGGCACUUGCAUGUCCUUUGCGGGCCUUUGGUGUGGAGCGGUACUUUGCAAAGUACGAGUUUACGGCGCCGCAUCUGCUCUGCUGCUCUGACUGCGAGACGCGAACGGUGGGCGAGGUGAUGGAGCUGGCGGGCAUGGAUCCGAAAGAGCUCAUGAAUCUCUCGCUCGGUUACACCGAGUCGCCUGGCGAGCCGGAACUCCGUGCGGCCAUUGCCGAGCAUGUGUACGAGAGCAAGAUUUCGCCUGAAAACGUGCUUGUCUUUGCCGGUGCUGAGGAGGGCAUCUAUGUGGCCAUGCGCGUUGUGCUCGCGCCGGGCGAUGCUAUGAUCUGCGCCACUCCGUGCUACACCUCGCUCUCAGACAUUGCGACUGACAUGGGCGUCGACGUUCGCCCUUGGGUGGCCAAGCCCGAGGACGACUGGGCGCUGGAUGUCGAUGAGCUCGUCGCCGCGCUCGCAGUCGAGCCGGUGCCCAAGAUGGUGGUCCUGAUGGCGCCUGCCAACCCGACCGGCGCGCUCCUGACGCCGGAUGAGCUGCAAAGGGUAGUGGCUGCUGUUGAGGACGCCGAUGCGCUCCUCCUUUGUGACGAGGUCUACCGGGGGCUGGAGCGCGAGGGCACGCUCACGCUGCCGGCCGCAGUCACGCUCUCAGACUCGCACACAAUGAGCCUCGGCGUCAUGUCCAAGUCGUACGGCCUCGCCGGCCUUCGCAUCGGCUGGCUCGCGACGCGCUCGGCUGCGCUCUACGACGCGCUGCUAUCGUACAAGGACUACACUUCGAUCUGCUGCUCCGGCCCGUCACAGCUGCUCUCGGUCGCCGCGCUCAGGGCUAGCUCGCAGCUUCUAGCUCGCAACAACGCGCUCAUCGCCACCAACAUGGAGCUCCUCACUGCGUUUAUGACCACGUACGCCCACCUGUUUGUCUGGUCGCGCCCCACGGCGGCGCCGAUCUGUUUCCCGCGCCUCAACGUGGCUCCAGGUGAGCUCACCGCCGACGCCUUUGCCGCCGCCCUUGUCGACGCCAAGGGUGUGCUCCUCCUUCCCGGUUCGACCUUUAACUACGACAACCGCCACUUUCGGCUCGGCUACGGCCGCGCAGACUUUCCGGCUGUCCUCGCACAGCUCGAGGCCUUUCUCCUCGACAACGAUCCGAACGGCGGCGCGCUGAUGCCGCCCGCCGCCGGUGGCGUGGCGCAAGAGUGA